UAUGGUUUUUGUGCCCCCACAGGAAAUGAAAUAAGAUCGUCUCGACUCUCUUCUCGCAUCUCUCUAUCCCUUCCUUUCAUUUCACCCUGCCUAAAUUUUCUCUUAUCGGUAAACAAAGUGAUCUGCGCCGUAGGAAUCGUCCUGCUAACUUUUGAACUCCGUGGAAACGCUUCAUCGUUUUAUUUGUUUUUCCGCAGAUCAAGAGGUGCUGCUGGGAUUGAUGAAUCGGCCAAAGGUCCAGCGUCGUAUUGUUGGUAAAUAUGAGGUUGGCAAAACCAUUGGACAAGGAACUUUUGCUAAAGUGAGGUAUGCUAAGAACACUGAGACAGGAGAAUCCGUUGCUCUUAAAAUCCUUGAUAAACAGAAGCUUCUCAAAAACAACAAGAUGGCUGGACAGAUAAAGAGAGAAAUCUCUACUAUGAAGCUGAUUAACCAUCCAAAUGUAGUGCGGGUCUAUGAGGUUUUGGCUAGCAAGACAAAGAUAUACAUUGUCCUAGAAUUUGCCAUGGGUGGAAACCUUUUUGACAAAAUUCCUAAACUUAUGCAAGUACAUGAUGGGCGCUUGAAAGAAGAUGGAGCACGUAGUUAUUUUCAGCAGCUUAUCAACGCAGUUGAUUACUGCCACAGCAGGGGAGUGUACCACAGAGACUUAAAGCCGGAAAACUUGCUUCUAGAUGCUCAAGGAAAUCUGAAAGUCUCUGAUUUUGGAUUGAGUGCUUUGUCCAGACAAGCCGGGGGUGAUGGUCUUCUCCACACUGCAUGUGGAACUCCGAACUAUGCUGCUCCUGAGGUUGUUACUGAUCAAGGCUAUGAUGGAGCAACCGCAGACUUGUGGUCUUGUGGAGUGAUACUCUUUGAACUACUUUCUGGGUAUUUGCCUUUCGAGGAUUCUAAUCUCAUGACGCUUUAUAAUAAGAUAACAGCUGCUGAAUAUAAUUGUCCUUCUUGGCUCUCUCCUGGUGCCAAGAACUUGAUUGUCCGAAUCUUGGACCCAAACCCGACGACUCGUAUCAAAGUUCCCGAGAUUUUGGAAGAUGCGUGGUUCAAGAAAGAUUACAAGCCAACCCUUUUCGAGGAGAAAGACAAAGCAAACUUGGCUGAUGUGGAAGCUGUUUUUCGAGAUUCAGAGGAGCAUCAUGUCACGGAAAAGAAAGAGGAGAAGCCAACUCCAAUGAAUGCCUUUGACUUGAUAUCAAUGUCGAGGGCUCUGGAUCUUGGAAACUUUUUUGAAGAAGAAGGGGGAUUCAAGCGAGAAACAAGAUUUGCAGCCACCGGUAGUGCUAAUGAAUUAGUUCAGAAGAUUGAAGCAGCUUCUAAGCCUCUUGGUUUCGAAAUUCAAAAGAAAAACUUUAAGAUGAGACUUGAAAACGUGAAUCCUGGAAGGAAAGGAAACCUAGAAGUGGCGACUGAGAUAUUUCAAGUAUCACCGUCUCUUCAUAUGGUUGAAGUCAGGAAAACUAAAGGGGAUACAUUAGAGUUCCAUAAGUUCUACAAAAAGCUCUCGACCACACUUAACGAUGUGGUUUGGAAAUCCGGUGAUACCUCCGAUAGUAACAACAAAUGAGAGAAAGACUGAUUCAUGUCUCUGGUUGAUCAUUCUGAAUUUUCUGAUUUAUCUUUUGUUUUUUCAUUGGACGCAAUUCUUUUGAAAGCAAGAUCAUGAUAUUGACUCUGUAAAUAUCCCCAAGGAUGUGCAGUAACAUUAAGGUGUUUAUAACAUUUAAUUUCUUACAUUAAAAA